CGCGCUUCCAAGAAUCCCGACUCACAUACGCAAACAUGGGCAAAUCUCCAGAGGCAGAGGCGCCAGCCGAGGUGUGCCCCGUCGAUGACAAGACCCGCGCGGCGUGGUUGAAGGCAAACCCAACGGCGUCGUUCCCCGGCGCAGCGAAGGGAGCGAGCGACGCAAAGAAAGGCAAUGCCUGCGAUUCCGAAGAUAUCACCCAGGCUCCUCCGGCGCAGCCUGGGCUAUUCGCGCGAUUUUUCUCUUCGACGCCUCCUGCGGAUGCGGCGGCCGUGUCGACAGGACUCGGUACGCAGCGCGUGGUUUCGACAAUCCCUCGCGCAUCGCCAGUCGACGACAGCGAAGGCUCGAAGCCGGCGAAUAGCGAGAAGGAGAGCGGAGUUAGUGCGAGCGGGAACUGGAUAUACCCUUCAGAGAAGAUGUUCUUUGAUGCAAUGAAGAGAAAGGGUCACUCAAGCGAUCCUAAGGAGAUGAAGACCAUCGUACCGAUACACAAUGCAGUAAACGAGCGAGCAUGGAAGGAGAUCAAGGAAUGGGAGAAGCCAUAUGGAGCCGACGAGAAAUGUGGAGGACCUAGGCUACACUCAUUCCUGGGACUCUCAACCUCGAUGUCUCCGAAGGCACGCUUCAACAGUCUGCUUGGAUAUACUACACCAUUCGAUCGCCACGACUGGAUUGUUGAUAGGUGUGGCAAGAAGGUUGAGUAUAUCAUUGACUUUUAUGCUGGCAAGGAUGAGGGGAAAGGCAAUGGCAAGCUGAGCUUCUACUUGGAUGUGAGGCCGAAGCUCAACAGCUUUGAAGGCUGGAAGAUGAGAGCCGCGAAGACGAUUGGUCUUGUAUAGAGUAAUGUAAAACAUAGAUGUACAGUAUUAGGGUGGCUAGGCGUUGGAUAGGGUGGUUGGGCAUUACGAGAAUCUCCCGAACCAGGAACUGUACUUAAAAGACACUGUAAAUUUAGGCUAUGGAGCUUCACAAUCAGAUCUAGCUUCUCAUGUUGAAAAGGAGCCUCGCUACCAC